GCGGGUGUUGCGUGUUUACCACCACCGCCGGUGCCGAACGAAUACAGUCGUCGCGCUAUCGCGGGUCAUCGCUCUGAUGCGUUCCGUCACGGAUGCCCACGAUCACACCGUCCGUCCGUAGUUGCAUUGUCCACCCACCGCCGUCGUACGUGUGGGGGCCUCGCGUAACGGCCUGAUAACGUCGGUGGCGGCGAACGUUAUCAACGCAACGCAACAACGCAGAACAAUAGUGACCAUACAUUUUCAUAAAUUAUAAUAAUUUAUUACGGUUCGUAGCUAAUCAUCGUCAUUAUUACUAUCAUCAUCAUCAUCAUCAUAAUCAUUUUUUUAAUUGGAAUACGCUGGUGCGGUAUAGAAACUAAUAAUUAUCGUUCGUCUGGAUUAUAAAACGCGCGCACACACAUACGUCACACAGACGGCGACGACCAAUUGGAUCGACUUUCGUGGUUCGUUUGCGUAAAAUUGUCGUACACCUCUUCGUCUCGUCGUCGUCUCGAGGCACUAGGCAGUAAUUAUUAUUGUCGUAUAUUUUACUAAAAUCGCCGGAUCGCUUGGUGCUUGGUAGUCGCACGUCUGUGACGAAAUCGUUUUGAUAAUCGUGCCCUCGCCGCCGCCGCCGCCGCCGCCACCGUUUGAUCUCUGUGGGUGAGCUGCCCCCUUUUGUGUUUGGUGCGCGUACUCGUUUUUUUGCCGCCAACUCGCAAUACUUAUGGGUUGGAUAGCAUAACGUGCGUAAAGCUUUGGAGAAGAACCGUCACAGCGAUCAAUGUAAUUUAUGGUCUGUCCAAAAUAAAUACUCGAGGACAUAGUAUAAGUGCUACUAAGCAACACCAUUCCCAUUGGUGUCAACAGUGAACAUCAUGACUGAACCUUUGCUGUCUUAGGCUGGUGAGCAAGUGCAGUAAUCUAAAGCUUUUUAUUUAACAGACGGUAGCAGUAGCGUCUACGCACAUCCUCUACAUUACAGCCACUACUUCUAGAAUGAAGGUUUUAGUAUUAUAUGAUUUUGUGGGUGAACCUGGCUCAUCAGAAUUAUCAGUGACUGCUGGUGAGACAUUAUUGGUAAGCCGAAAAGAUGUUGGUGAGGGCUGGUGGGAAGGAACAAACACAUCUGGCCGCACAGGCUUGUUUCCAGCUGCAUAUGUUGAGGAAAUCAAAACCAAAGUAGAUGACAGAAAAGAUGAAAGCAAACCACCGCCAGCUUUACCACCACCACCAUUACCACCAUCAACAGAUCCAUGGGAACUUGACGAUCAACAAAAUGAAUUUUAUUCACAAGUUCCCGGCAGUUACAAUCAGCAACAGAAUACAUAUCAGCAGUCACCUGAUGAUUUUUAUGAUGAUGAAUGGGAUGACGAUUCUGAGUAUGGUGGUGGUAGUACUGUGACUUCAUCUGCUCCUAUACCUCCAACUAUUCAGUAUCCAGCUAUAGGAACAAAAACGACAUCGAUAAGAAAAACAACAGGCAAGACGGUUGCAACAACUGGUGGCAGCAGUUCUCGGUUUUCCAAGUUGGUAGGUGGUGGUGAUGCAUCAUAUAUAAUGGGUGCUAUUCAGCCACCUAUUCACUUACCUGAUACAGAAAACAUUACAAUUGUGGUACGUGGUGGUACUGGUGGUGGCCCCAUGGCAGUGGAUGUUGAAUGGUGCCGAGACCCCGAUAAUGAACCACAUGGAUACCAGUGUUUGGUGGCAUCUCCAAAGAAAGAAUCAAAACUCAAAGGCCUAAAAUCGUUUAUUGCAUACCAACUAACUCCUACAUUUAAUAAUAUUCAAGUAUCUAGAAGGUACAAACACUUUGACUGGUUACAUGAACGGCUAUUGGAAAAGUACUGUUGUCUAGUGCCAAUACCACCAUUACCAGAUAAACAAAUUUCAGGUCGGUACGAAGAACAAUUCAUUGAACGCCGUAAACAGCAAUUACAGGUGUUUGUAGAUGCAGUAUGCCGACAUCCUGUACUAUCACGAAGUUGGGUAUGGCGGCAUCACUUCAUCACAUGUACAGAUGAGAAACGCUGGAAGUCAGGCAAGCGGAAAGCUGAAUCACGAAAUACGAGUGCUGAAACCCUCACUGGGGCUAAUGUAUUUUUUGUAAUCAGAGUAGUGCCUGCGGAUGGUAGUAGUGACCCCCCUCCAGCUAUCAACCCAGCAAUAUUAGAUCGCGAAGUAGACGGUUUUCAGAGAUUUGUGACUGGAUUAGAAGGAGCGCUGAAGAAUAUGGCACAAACAAUUGCAGAACAGUCAAAACGUAUGCAAACAUGUUAUAAACGUGAUGCUCAACGAUUAGGCCAGUCGUUUUACAUGUUGGGUCACGCAUAUAGUGGCGCAUCAUCUUCAUCAAUAGGGGACACUAGUGGUAAUGGCAAUGUGAUAAGUCUAACUACCCGACAACUGAUGACAGCCCUAAAAAAAACUGGAGAUGUAUACAAUGAGAUGGGUGGCCGGUUGAUGGAUGAAUUACCUGUCGCAGGAUGGGACUCGUUUGCUGACAUGCUACAUGUGUACCGUGGCGUUGCAGGGGCAUUCCCUGAUAUACUUGCUGUGCACAAGAGUGCAGUGCAAAAACGGAAAGAAUGUGAACGACAAUACUCUGAAGGCUUACCAAUUGGUGGUGGUGGUGGUGAUGGAACUGGAGGAUCGAGUAGUGGAGCAUCAUUAUCAGGAUCUGGCAGUGGCGGAGCUGUAGCAGUAGCUGAUCCAGAACAACAGCGAAGGCUACUGCGUGAGAUGCAGCGUCGUACUGAUGUAGUGUCGUAUGCUCUGUUAGCAGAGAUUAAUCAAUUUCAUCGAGACCAUGUACUUGGCCAAAUGGCUGGCCAUGUUCGUCAAUUAUUACGUAACCAGAUCGAAUAUUAUAGAAAAAUUGCUGAUAAUUUAGAAAACGUUUUACACAUGUAUCCCGAUAAUGGUGAUGAAGAUUCUUUGGGAGUCGGAAUGGACCAUCAUUAUGAUCAACAACAGUACAGCCAAGUAAUAACUGAUGAUAAUGCCCCUUAUCAACACCAGUAUUAUUCAAAUCAGUAGUAGUUAUAGUAAUUUAAUGGAAUGGGUAAUAUAAGACAUGGUAAAUAACUAGAAUGCAAUUGUUUUUAGAACUAUUAAUACAUACCUAUAAUAUAUUAGGUAUCAUGAUUAAUAUUUUAACUAUCUUUGUAACUGUUAAUAUCACGCUAAUAUCAAUGAAAAACACUACAAUUUUUAUUAAAAUAAUAUUUUUGGGAAAUUUACACCAUAACUAUUGCUAGUGCUUUUACUAUUAUUAUCCUUAAAU